UUUUCUUCUCUCUCUCCUUUUUCCUGGGCCUUUCCCCCCUCCCCCCCAAAAACCCUCAAUAAGAGGGAACUUUUUCUCCAAGGGGGCUGCGAGUUGAAGGCCAUGAAUUUCGAAUUUGAGCGAGAGAUUGGUUUUAUCAAUAGUCAGCCAUCGCUUGCUGAGUGCCUGACAUCUUUUCCCCCUGUCGGUGAUACAUUUCAAAGUUCAUCAAUCAAGAACUCGACGCUUUCACACUCGACACUGAUUCCUCCUCCUUUUGAGCAGACCAUCCCCAGCCUGAACCCAGGCAGCCACCCUCGCCACACCAGCAGCAGCCGUCCCAAGCAGAGCCCCAAUGUCAGCAGCAGCAGCCCGGUGCCAGCCGGCGCCCUGCAGCCUCCGGAGUACCCCUGGAUGAAAGAGAAAAAAGCCUCCAAGAAAACUACCCUCCCGCUUGCUUCGGCCUCAGCCUCAGCCACUGGACCAGCCUGCCUAAGCCACAAAGAGUCUCAUGAAAUCCCCGAAAGUGGUAACGGUGGAUCUAGGAGGCUGAGGACGGCUUAUACCAACACCCAGCUUUUGGAGCUAGAAAAAGAAUUUCAUUUCAACAAGUAUCUCUGUAGACCAAGGAGGGUAGAGAUCGCAGCUUUGCUGGAUUUGACUGAGAGACAAGUAAAAGUCUGGUUCCAGAACAGAAGGAUGAAGCACAAGAGACAGACCCAGUGUAAGGAGAACCAAAACAGUGAGGGGAAAUUUAAGAAUCUAGAGGACAGCGAGAAAGCAGAAGAGGAGGAGGAGGAGAAAUCGCUCUUUGAGCAAACCCUCAAUAAUGUCUCAGGCGCUCUUUUGGAAAGGGAAGGUUACACUUUUCAACAAAAUGCACUAUCUCAACAGCAGGCUCAGAAUGUACACAAUGGAGAGUCCCAAAGUUUCCCAGUUUCGCCUUUAACAAGCAAUGAGAAAAAUCUGAAACAUUUUCAGCAUCAGUCACCCACUGUUCAAAACUGCCUAUCAACAAUGGCCCAGAACUGUGCAGCUGGCCUGAACAAUGACAGUCCUGAGGCCCUAGAUGUCCCUUCUUUACAGGACUUUAACGUUUUCUCCACAGAUUCCUGCCUACAGCUUUCAGAUGCAGUUUCACCCAGUUUGCCAGGAUCUCUGGACAGUCCUGUAGAUAUUUCUGCUGACAGUUUUGACUUUUUUACAGACACACUCACUACAAUUGACUUGCAGCAUCUGAAUUAUUGA